UGAAUACUCUCUCACAGGCGGAGGAUCGCAACGUCGCCGCGCGCAUUGAGUAGAGCGAGAGCCAACGGUCUGAGGGGCGAGGAGACGAUCCGGCUUUAUUUUCCUCACAAGAGACAGCGGCAAAUUAGAAAUAAAUCACUGUUUAACUGGGGGAGUCGGACAGGUGCGACCACCUCGACGUGAGGGGAACGAGGGAUUUGCUCAGCAAGUUUUUUUUUUCUUAUUUUGCAUUUUUUUUGUGUUUGUGAAGAAGGAUUGUGUUGGGCUGCUCGCACCUUGGCGCAAAGAUGAUGGUCGGGGAGAUCGAAGUGAAGGAGAGACCGAGGCCGAGUCCCGACUACCUCAUGCAGCUUCUGAACGAAAAGAAGCUCAUGGCCAGCUUGCCAAACCUCUGCGGUAUCUUCACACACCUCGAAAGGCUCCUGGACGAAGAGAUCACCAGAGUACGGAAGGACAUGUACAGCGACUCUGUGAAUGGCCUGGUGGAGAAACACCCCUUGGAGUUACCUGAACCUGUGGGCCCCAUUGUGCACCUGCAGGAGAAGCUCUUUGUGCCUGUGAAAGAGUAUCCUGACUACAACUUCGUUGGGAGGAUCCUGGGCCCCCGCGGCCUGACUGCCAAGCAACUGGAAGCAGAAACUGGAUGCAAGAUCAUGGUCAGAGGAAAGAGUUCCAUGAGGGACAGGAAGAAGGAGGAACAGAAUCGGGGUAAACCCAACUGGGAGCACCUAAACGAAGACCUGCAUGUGCUGAUCACUGUGGAGGACACUCAGACACGGGCGGAAAUCAAGAUGAGGCGGGCAGUGGAGGAAGUGAAGAAGCUGCUUGUGCCUGCGGCUGAAGGAGAGGACAAUCUGAAGAAGAUGCAGCUUAUGGAGCUGGCCAUUCUCAACGGGACAUACAGGGACACCAACUUAAAGACACCCAACCUUGCCUUCUCUCUUGCAGCGGCCGCUGCGGCUGCUCAAGGUCCCCGCCUCAUAGCUGCCCCCACCGGGCAGGUCCUCCCUCCCACAGCCUUGAGGCCACCGACACCAGCGGGGACGCCCAUCAUGAACAUCAUCCGGCCCACCCAAAUGGCCGCCAUGUUGCCCAAUGGCGCCCCAGCCCUGGUGCCACCGGCACCUGACGCUGGCAUCAUCUACACCACGCCAUACGAGUACCCAUACGCCCUGGCCCCCACGUCUCUGCUGGAGUACCCCAUCGAGCACACCGGGGUUCUAGGUAAGCGUCCCUGGGGCUCAGGCGCACCCUUUAGCCCUGGACUCGAGGGCGGCCUCUUUCUCACUGGCGUCCUGGACGCCGCUGCCGCUGCCGGGAGCCACGGGCAGGACUUGUUAAAAGGUGCUAUGGCAACUAAAGUGAGAAGGCAUGACACGCGUGUCCAUCCUUACCAAAGGAUUGUGACAGCAGACAGAGCCGCCACCGGCAACUAACACAUGACCUUCUGACCUCUGAACUCUUCACCCAAUGACGAGCUGCCCCCCAGCCUGCCUGCUGAUCAGUUAACUGGUAACUGGCUUUGCUAGCCUCUCGGACCCCGUGAGAACGGCAUCUACUCGCACAGUUACCCUAACUACAACCACCACCACAGCAAGCCCUACAGAAACUCUCACUUCACUAUCAAAUUGUUUUGGUAUCAAACAUUUUUCCCUUUCCUUUUCUUUAAGUAUCUCCCUGCAGUUUGGGUGGGUUUAUCACCACCCAAGAACCUGCACUGAUUUUGAGCAAUAAAACCCCCAGCCCUGCCCCUCCCCGUCUGUUCACUUCACUCAGAGUAAUAAGACAGUGCCAACCUGGACCUGAGUCUGCAUUUCUACGCUAGUCUUUUGGUUCGAUAUGAUGGUUUUGACCUCAUCCGCUCAUCCCCCCGCCCCAGUCCCCUUACCCUGCAGAGGGACACCUGAAAGAAAAAGGAAAGGGUUAAAAAGCAUCAGCGCGUCCCUUUGGUUCUGUCAUCGUACUUCUGUUUCCUGAUGCGCUGAGCCGUCGUUUGGAAGGGCUGACACACUCUGGGUGUUGCCUGAGUUGGCUGACUUAUAGCAUGGCUCAUAUGAUUGCAGAGCUUACUGUGUUCUUUAUGUUGGUUUUUCUUUCCUUUUGUUUAUUUUAAAUAUUUUGUUUUACAUUGGAAAUGUGGUGACCUGGGUAUUAAUGUAUGUACUGAGAUUGGUGAAGGUGAAAUUGGCCUCCUCAUCUCAGUGGGGUGUCUCUGGGAGCCCUGGGCGUCUCCACUAAACCCUUUCUCAUGUUGGUAUUCAGUGCCUGAACUACAUGUCUAUACAUCUCAUGUCACAGCAAUCCCAUCUCGAUCAAUAUGGAAAACGGUGUGUUGAUGUUCCCGACGGUCCACGUGACUUGUUGGGAGGUUCUCCGCAGUCGUGCUGGGGUCGCUGUGACGUGAGUGUUCUACCAAGAUGCAUGAACAGAAACACUAAACAGGGAGGAGCCUCAUGCCCAAGUAUGGAUUUGUACAGAAUUAUUGAUUUAUUUCUUCCUUUUCCUUUACCCUUCACAAGAAGGAAGCGAUAAACGUCCAAUGAUGUGACAGAAUGUGGCGUUUAGCCUGCUCUUCUUGGAGGGAAACUACAUGUAAACACUUCCUGUAUCACACGACAGAGCUGAGAUGAAGCAGAAGGCUCAGCGGCUGCUGUCCGCUCGCUGGCUCUUCUGUCUGUCGUGUCUCAGUGCAUUAAAGUGCAUUUCUUAGACAGCCCCACCUGACGUGUCCACAGCACACUGUGCUCGUCUGCUGGGGGGGGCUCUGAGAGGCCCCACCCCUAAAACAUCUUUCAUUUCUCAUGAAAAACUAGGAUUUGAAAGCCAUGCCUGCCUGUUCUAAUUGCUUUAUACAUACCUGUUCUAUAUAUAUAAAUAUAACUAUAUAAAUAUCUAAAUGUACACAUGUAGAUACCGGCAUUGCGGACAAACGGACAAGAACAAAAUUAGAUACUUUUACAGGGUGCUGGUGAAAAAUAUAUUUUUGGCAAUUUUAGCUUUUUGUACUUGCGAUUAUAAAAUAGUGUAAAAAAAAAUUUGUUUGAAAAGGAAAAAAAGUUUAAAAAGUGAAGUUGGAUGUUAUUGGAUUAGAAAGUAAAGACCAAAAUUGCUGCAUGCGGAAGGGAGAAGCGAAGGACCCAUGCAAGGGAGAGAGGGAGCCAGAAAAAGUGCCUUAUCGAUGGUCAUUUGGUUUUCCUGGCAUAUCCAGCACCGCGCCGAGGACAGUGCGCUGAGAGCAGCGUGACGUCACUCUAUGCAAAAGAAUAGCAGUCACUCGACAGGCUAAUGCGUGCCAUCUUCCGUCUUCCCAAGGAUAGGUCGGCUUUUUUUUUUUAUUGUUUUUAGACCCCCACCACCACCUUAGUCCUUUAAUAUGCCAUUUGAACAAAUAUACUCUUAUUAUUUUUUGUUUGAUUUAAGUUUGAAGGUUAUCAUUCACACACGUGUGUGUCUGUUACUUUGUGUGUGUUUAUACUGCGAACAAACUGCCAACUGUGAUGCAGGAGUCUGCCACAAGGAGGCGGAGCGCAGAGCGAGACGGGGAAGGCGGCGGUGACCCCGCCGUGGGUCACUGGCUCUGCCCUCUCGGGAUGUGGGGGGCGGGGGCAGCCUUGUGCUGUGGGGAGGGCUGGAUUUGAGACACCUGAAUCAUUAGAAUAUUUGCCAAAAAUUUGAAGGUUUCGGAGAUGAAACCAUGCCAGAUUUCCCCUAGUGCAAGUAAACACUUUGUGUUCCAUGGUGACGCUGGAAGUCGGUCAGUGUUAUUCCUCUUGGCCUCCCUGCGGGGGCCCGGAACGGGACGCCCCGUCUCGCAGGUUCCAUAGAGUUCCUGAUGCAUCUCCAUCACUGGCAGCCCACACGUUAUAUCAUGUGUGUGUUCUAUUACAUGCUGUUACGCAACAGGUCAAUGCUUUGGUUUUUUUCAGUGUUACGAACUCUUCAAAAUGCAAUAUUAAAAGAAACGUGCGAGCAAUUGACAGUAUUAUCGUCCCUCUCAGAUGGCUGCUUCGCCAGCCUGGAGAUGGCGUCAGCUGUUGGAGAGUAGUGGCACACUCUGACCUGCCUACUCUGUAUGAUAAUGUAAUUAACAGCCAUUGUUACAGGUUUCAAAUGUAUUUUUCUAACUUCAUUUUAUAUGUAUAUUAAUCAUUUUUUGAAACCUUUUUUUUUCUGAUGAAGCCCAAUGCAGGUUUUUUUUUUUAAAGGUUUAAACUGUCCCCAACCCCCCCCCCCCCCGACCCCCCCUGUUCCUGUCACGUCAGGAGCCUGCCUUCCCUCCAGCCCCUUUUCUUGGCAGUUCCUAGCUUGUUUAACUCAUUAGUGACUAUUAGUUCUUGUUACAAGUAUUUUUACAUGCUUGCGUUUCGUUUUCAUGGUGUAUGCUGUUAUUUUUUCCUUAUUAACCCCUCCUUGGCAUUUAUUUUAAUAAAACAUUCUUAGUAUGAAUUUUACUAACUUUGCUGAAAUUUUUAUUUUUGUCUUGUGUUUAACCUGUUUAAUGAAUGUACUACCUGGUCUGGUUCACGGACUAACAAGAUUAAAACUGGUGUCUGGCCACCAACAUUGGCACUGGGCUGUCACGCACGUGCACACACACUACCUAUUGGAAUGCUCACACUGGGCUCACACACACACACACACACACACACGGCCUAACAGUCACACAGGGCUGUCUCUCGGGCUCACACACACGUACAUUCUAACUGGAACAAUUGCACUGGGCUAACAUACACACACAGCCUAACUGGAACAAUCGCACUGGACUGACAUGCGCACACAAAGCCUAACUGGGACGAUUGCACUGGCCUAACACACACAGCCUAACUGGAACAAUUGCACUGGACUGACAUGCGCACACAAAGCCUAACUGGAACAAUUGCACUGGGCUCUCACUCAGUCUAACUGGAACGCUCACACUGGGCUGAAGCACACACACAGCCUAACUGGGGUGAUUGCAUUGAGUUCUCACUCACAGUGUAACGAAUGAUCAUACUGGGCUCACACACAGCUAAAUGGAACAAGUGCGCUGUGUUCUCUCACACACACAGCUUGAAUGAGUGCGCUGUGUUCUCUCACACACACACAGCUUAACUGGAAUGAGUGCGCUGUGUUCUCUCACACACACACACACACACCCUAGCUUGAAUGAUUGCACUGGGCUCUCACACACAGCUUAACUGGAAUGAGUGCGCUGUGUUCACACACACGCUAACUGGAACGAUCUCACUGGCCUCACACACACAGCUUAACUGGAAUGAGUGCGCUGUGUUCUCUCUCACACACACACACACCCUAACUGGAACGAUCGCACUGGGCUCUCACACACACACACAGCUUAACUGGAAUGAGUGCGCUGUGUUCACACACACGCUAACUGGAACGAUCUCACUGGCCUCACACACAUGCACACUUUCUUGAUGGGAAACCAUCUGCACAGAAACAUGCUACUGUGUCUGUCAGCUGCCUCUCCUUUGUACUCUUUCUGAAAAGGCUCCGUAUUUGUUAUUGCAGUGAUUAUUAUUAUGGGAUGCAGGCCAGGAACAGCAACUGCUUUGCUGAGUCAUGUGUCCGCUGAACACGAAGCCCCACCACACUGUCCUUCCCUAGCAUGUGAUAUCGCUGCGCCUUCAUCUCCUCACAUAUAUGUAUGUAUAUGAAAGCUGAUCUCUCCCUGUUUUUGUGGCGUAUCAUUCAUACUGUUGUUAGCUUCUGCUCACUCACUCACUGACUCACUCGCUCACUCACUCACCCAGGCCUCAGUAAGCAGAUCCACUGCAUGUAAAACACUCUCCAGCCACUUAACUGAAGGUCAGUCAAAGCGGUGCUGGGUCACCUUCAAAGUCCAGACGAGGUUGCUGCUAUUGGGAAAUGGUGUGUGGGCAGCCGGGUCAUCUUCUCUUCCAGCCUUCUGUCGCUCUUGGACAAAUGACAGAAUGAGGUCUGCGGGGGGGGGGCUCUACUGCUCCCAUUUAAAGCCGUUCUUUGGAGCUCUGCUGUUCCAUAGAGGGGAGGAGGUUGCUUUUCUGCUGUGUUUCCUCCUGUCGUUCUCUUUAAAGCAGUGUUUCACUAAUAUCAGGCCCCAUGAUGCAGCUGCCCCCCCUCCCCAAACCAAGACCCAUUAGCUGCUCCCAGAUCUAAGCGCUGAAUCACAGUGAUUGAUAUUUCAGCUUAAAAAGAGUAUCAAAGCGCCUGGGCCUCUUUCAGUUGGUGGCUUUUGAUUGUAACGUAACCGGAGUUAAAUGGCUGUUUGGAUACGACCUCAACCUGGAAUCAGAGUGAGCGUAGUCACUGUGCCCUGUAGCACAUUGUUUUGUUUUGUUUUUCUUUCAAAGAGUCUGUUUCAGCUCUCAGGAACUGAAGGAUUUGGGUACCAGACACACAGACAUGCUGACAAGUGUAACGUGUGACGGGGACCAGCAGCGUGUGUGUUUGCGCGAAUAAAUCUGUCCUGCCUCCCGCAUGCAGUGACAGGGAAGGGACCCGUCACAAGCACAGCCAGGAAGCACAUUUCUAGAACCAUCAUAAGUGCCUUUCAAGCAAAAGACUGGAAGAGAUAUUUUUCUACUUGGCCAUUGAAGUGCCAGUCGCUGCCUUCUGCAAAGUUUCCCUUUGAGCAGAGAGAACCUAAGACUUCAGCUAUUUUCAGUGCACAUUAAAGGUUUGACUUCCUGUAUUCACACAUACGCACACUCAUAACUGGAAUGUUCUGACCAAAAGCUAGUGCCGCCUUGAGGUGACCCUACCCCUGGAAGCCCUGAGAAGCUUCCGGCUUGGAAAGGGCAGUGGGAGGCAGUGAUCAUGCUGUCUGCGGCUGCGUCCUUCCCAUUACAGAAACAGGUGCAAUGCGGCGGCUUUCACACGCCAGCCUCUUUUGGACCACGGUGCCUCCCAGCAGGGAGGGGUCCGAAUAAUCUGGCCUGCAGUGCCUUUGCUAAAAAUAGUACAAGGAUUGUAUGGCAUACGCACGCGUGUUAUUACAUAUGUAAGCAUAUGUGCACGUAUGUGACAUGCGUGUGUCGUCUUUCUCUUUGUCAGCAGUAGCUUUUCAUAACAUUCCUUUAUAGUGUCGGCAUUUAAUUACUGUUAUUUUCUUUUGUUUAUCCUUAAUCUGUGUUACACAAGCUAGGAGGGCAGAGCCACCCAAGUGGUGACGUGGCCCUGGGGGGUUAAAGGUGGCGCCGCUGAGCCCAGGGCCGCCCUGGGGACUCGUGAUAGGCCGGGCGGCCGGCUGAGCCCAGGGCCGCCCUGGGGACUCGUGAUAGGCCGGGCGGCCGGCUGAGCCCAGGGCCGCCCUGGGGACUCGUGAUAGGCCGGGCGGCCGGCUGAGCCCAGGGCCGCCCUGGGGACUCGUGAUAGGCCGGGCGGCCGGCUGCACUCUUCAGACUGAAGGCAGUGCACCGUGUCCCAUGGGGCUGAACUGGCUUGAUCAGAAACCUCUUCUUGUGGAAACCGUUUGUUCUGGAGAUUUACUGUUUUCUUCUGUUAUUUUCUACUGAGAAGGUAAACAAGUAAAAUGGGAAAAAGAAAACAUGUCUUGGCAAUAAUGUUGGUCACACCAAAAAUGAGAACAUGUGCAUUGUGUGCAAUAAAGUACUGUAUUUACAAGCUG